AUGGUCGGAGUGGAUUUUACACACGGCGUCAAUCAGCGGUUCGCCGACCUUCACAGCGCCAACCGCACGAGAUCUGUUUGCAACAGGAAGUUGCGGUCGAUCCAGAAGCUAAACCUCGCUUACAAUGACUUUGAUCACUCUCCAAUCCCAUCUGGGUUUGAGCAGCUCACCAGUUUGACCCAUCUCAACCUCUCUUGGUUGCAAUUUUAUGGCCAAAUCCCACUGGAAAUCUCCGGCUUGACCACUUUGGUGUCCCUCGAUCUAUCUGAAUAUCAAUAUUUCGAUGGUUCCUACUAUGAAUACCUGACAUUCGAAAACCCAAACAUUGGAGAAUUCGUCCAAAAUCUGUCGAGUCUGAGAGAACUCCAUCUCGAUGAUGUAGAAAUCUCAGCUCGGGGUAGCGAGUGGGGCCUGGCGUUAUCCUCUGCACUCCCUCAUCUUCAGAAGUUGAGCUUGAGAUAUUGCGGUCUAUCAGGCCCCAUCCAUCCUUUCCUUUCCAAUCUCCAUUUCCUAUCUGAACUUGACCUCACUGGAAACAAUUUCUCUACGGUGGUACCUAACUUCAUAGGGAAGUUCUCUUCUUUAACUACACUGCGCCUCAGAAAUUGUAGUUUGUAUGGCAAAUUUCCAGAGAGUAUUUUCAGGCUACCAAACCUACAAACCCUGGAUGUAGGAUACAAUCCACUUCUGACGGGUGAAAUCCCUCCAAACAAUACUCUCCGGGAGUUGUACCUAUCCGACACUGGAUUUUGUAGCAACCUACGGGAUUCAUUCAGUAAUUCCAAACUGCUGACAAUGAUCCAGCUUAGACAUUGCAAACUAGCCGGCCAAUUUCCAUCAUGGGUUGUGAAUCUCGGGAAACUCAUGUAUUUGGAUCUUUCAGACAACGGUUUCAGCGGACCAUUGCCAUCAUUAUUGUUUUCACUCCCAUCAUUACGAGGGCUGUAUCUCCUAGAUAAUCAAUUUAGUGGUCAACUUAGUGAAUUCCACAACCCAUCCUCUUCUCUGCUAGAGAGAAUCAAAUUAGAUAACAACAAGUUGGAGGGGCCUAUUCCGAUGUCCAUCUUUGAACUCACAAAGCUUCAAGACCUCUCUCUUUCAUCAAACAAUUUCAGUGGUGAUGUGGACCUUGGCUUAUUCCAAAACCUUAGGAACCUCAGGGCCCUAUUUCUCUCAGAUAACAACUUCUCAAUCCAUGAUGGCAGAAGCAAUUCAACCUCCAUGUCCUUCCCCCAGAUUCAAUCUUUGCUCUUAAGAUCUUGCAAUAUCACCAAAUUUCCAAAUAUCUUGAGAAACCAAGAAUCUAUGCAUUUCAUAGACCUUUCCAACAACAACAUCAAUGGUGAAAUACCAAAGUGGCUAUGGAAGUUGGGAAACGUCCUCGAUCUGUCUCACAACCACUUCAGUGGUUCUAUUCCACCAUGUUUGGGUCAAAUCAGUGAUGCCCUCAUUGUGUUGAAUCUUGGAGGAAAUGCAUUUCAUGGCCCGUUGCUUCAAACAUUCAAAGAGGAGUGCACCCUAGAGACACUUGAUCUCAAUGGAAAUCAAUUCGAAGGACAUGUGCCAAGUUCUUUGGCCAGGUGCAAGAAGCUAGAGGUGUUAAACCUUGGAAACAAUCAAAUACAUGACACCUUCCCUUUCUGGAUAGAAAAUUUAUCUCAGUUGCACAUUCUCAUCUUGGGAUCCAACAAAUUUCAUGGCACCAUUGGGCACCCCCAAGCAAAUCAUACAUUUCCACUAUUACAAAUCUUUGAUCUCUCCGACAAUAGCUUCACGGGUAAGUUGUCAUCAAAUAUGUUUAGGAGCUGGAAAGCAAUGAUGGAGACCAAAUCUCAAUCUCAAUUUCUUAGCAAAACAUUUGGCAAUGGAUACUAUCAAGAUAAAGUGACUAUAGUGAGUAAAGGGCUAGAAAUGGAGCUGGUAAAGAUCCUUACUGCCUUUACGGUAGUGGAUCUCUCAAAUAACCAAUUUCAUGGGGACAUUCCAGAAUCGGUUGGGAAUUUAAAGUCGUUGAUUGUGCUUAAUAUAUCCUAUAACCAUUUCACAGGCCGAAUUCCAGCAUCAUUUGAAAACAUUAAAGCUCUUGAGUCAUUAGAUUUGUCACAUAAUAAUGUGUCAGGAGAGAUCCCUUGGCAGCUGAAAAAGUUAAACUUCCUUGCCGUGUUGGACCUUUCACAAAAUCUCCUCGUUGGAAGCAUACCACAAGGUCAACAAUUCAAUACAUUCACAAAUAAAUCUUUUCUUGGGAACUCGGGAUUAUGUGGCACUCCACUGUCAAAGAAAUGUGAACAUGUUGAGGCACAUGCAUCACCACCAUCGGCGCAAUCAGAAAGCAAAUAUGACUGGAAACCCAUGUGGAUUGGCUUUGGAAUUGGAUAUGGAGUGGGAAUGGGAAUCCUUUAUUGGACUCUAGCACUUUGGACAAAUGGAAUGAGAGAAUUCACUGUAUUUAUUGAUAAAGUGCUUAUGUUGAUUUUUCCAUGUGAGGCAUUUAUUCUAAUGCAUCGAUACUGA